AUGAGGGCCGUCGUUGCCCUGCUUCUGCUCUUGUUUUCGUGCAGGCUGGGCUGGGGCGCCAUCGUCCGUGGCGUCCAGCCCGAACUGGCCGCCAAAUACGAGCCCAACGCGGACAAGAAAUGGUCUUGUCUGGAUGGAUCCAAGACGAUCGACUUUGAUCGCGUGAAUGAUCUGUACUGCGACUGCCCCGACGGCAGCGACGAGCCAGGCACCCCUGCGUGUUCUAAUGGCUUGUUCUACUGUCGCAACCGGGGCCACGAGGCCAAGGUGCUGUCAACGGCAUUUGUGGAUGAUGGUGUCUGCGACUGCUGCGACGGCACCGACGAGCUUGAGGGUUGCAAGAACACCUGCAUCGAGAGGAACGCCGCCGUGCGCGAGGGCCUGAAGCAGAAGGUGGAGGACUACAAGCGCGCGCUGGCCAAGCGCGCCGAGUACGCGGCCGGCGCAGCCGAGGAGCGCGCGCAGAUGCAGUCGCGGCUGGGGGCCGUGGACGGCGACAUCGCCACAGCGGAGCAGGAAGUGGAGCGGCUGGCGGGCGAGAAGGCAAACCUGCAGGACAGUGCCGAAUCACGCAAGGCGGCGCGCGUGGAGGCGCGGAGGGAGGAGGCCGCGAAACGCAAGGCGGAGGCGGCUGCUCGGAAGGCCGAGCAGGACGCGAAGGCUGCCGAAAUCGAGGCGGCUGCGGCAGCCGCCGGGGCUGGGGCGGACGCGGCGGACGCGGGCGCCACUGAGCCCGGGCCGGAGGAGGGUGGGGAGGGGGCGGCUGACGCUGUGGCGGAGGGCCAGCAAGGGAGCCAUCCGCACCAGUGGUGA